GCCAACGCCGGAGUGCGCCAUGCCGCGCGCAACAAGCCGACCGGCAGUCGACCGCCGCGCCCAGGCCUUUCCCCUUCCGGCACAAGUCCAACCGGAUCCGACCCCAUGGCCUUCUCGCGCCUCAUCCCCUCUAGAAGUCGCCUCCUCUCCAGCCUCCUCCACGCAACGGGACCCAUCCCCACCCCGCGCACGGCGGCGGCCGCCGCCACCCCCACCCCGCUCGGCCCCUUCCUCCGCAACUUCGCCUCCGCCACGCGGCGGGCGGGGCCCUCCUCCCGUCCCCGCACCGCGGACAUCGGCGCCCGCGCGCGGCAGUUGCAGACUCGCCGCCUCUGGUCCUACGGACUCGCCUUCGCCUGCACGGCCGGCUUCGUAGUCACCGUGCUCGCCACGUUCCAGGACCAGCUCGUCUUCUACGUCACGCCCACCGACGCGCUGUCCAAAUUCACCGCCGACCCCUCCAAGUCCCGCGUCCGCCUAGGCGGCCUCGUCCUCGAGGGCUCCGUUGCGCACCCCUCGUCGUCCUCCCCCGAGAUCGAGUUCGUCGUCACGGACCUCAUUACCGACGUGCUCGUCCGGUACGAGGGCGCGCUGCCUGACCUCUUCCGCGAGGGUCACUCCGUCGUCGUCGAGGGCCUCCUCAAGCCCUACACCGACGACCUCCGACGCGACGACGGGAGGAAGGUGACCGAGAAGGCGCGGGAGUGCGCGUGCUUCUUGCGCGGCACCGAGGUGCUCGCCAAGCACGACGAGAAGUACAUGCCCAAGGAGGUCGGCGAGGCGCUCGAGCGAAACAAGAAGCGCCUCGAGGCUGAGGCUGAGGCGGCCGCCGCUCAAGGGUCCAAUGUGGCUGCAGCGGCGGAGGGAGCAAAGGCAAGCUCGUAAGAUUUUGCCCGCCUUCUGGUUUGAGAUCUACUGGAUCGUGAGUACGAGGCAUCAGGCAUAGGUGGAUUGGAUUUGAUUUCAUUCUGCGCUGGGGGAUAUCCGCAGCGUGAUUGACUUUAACUCUAGGCUGAUGUGAUUGAUGAGCUGGGGAUCGGGUAAUUUUUGUUAGGGGAAUGCUGACAAAUGUUGGUUGAACACAGUAUACAUACUUGUUUUCAAGUAAUACUAUUGGUAUACUCCUUCCACUGAGUGAUACUAUAGGUUUACUAGAUUAUAAGCUUGAGCUCUAGGUGGAUUUGAAUUUGUUUUCA